UGCAUUGAUUAAGACGUCUGUGGCUCGCGCGGACGUUCACAUUCGUCCAAUAAUAAAACUGUCGGUACUUUUCCGCCACAACAAAUACAAAAAACGUAAACAAACAAUUCUAAGUAAAAAUGCAGAGUGCUUCGGAUGUGAUCUCGUCGUUAUUCUGGUUUAAAGGCGAGGAUAACGAUGAACAAAAAGACCCUGAUAUUAUAGAACAAUUUGUGCAGUACGUUGAAGAUUUUAGUUCUCAAUACGGAAGUGAAAUCAGUGUAUCCUAUACCGCUUUCAAUCUUCGCGGUCCACCGUCGAACUUUCCGGAUUAUGGCGAUUAUCCUCAAGCUUUUGUGAUGAGAACUUAUGGUACAUGGUGGGAAGAAGCACCAUCAGCUCAAGAGGACUACAUGCCACAAAACAAUAGGAGCAUUCCGAGCCAGGAUUUUGUUGAAGUAUCGUUCGAGAAAGCUGUAUACCCGGUCGAGGUGUCCGUGUUCGAGACAUACAAUCCCGGAGCACUGGUUCGCAUCUGGGCCCAGGGUCCGUCCAUGUGGAUGCUGCUAUGGGAAGGUGAACCGGAGUAUGCCGGGGAUAGACCAAGGAUUUUCAGUCCUCCAAUAAGACAGAUUGAUGUAUUAACGAGAGUGCUAAGACUGGAGUUCAACCACAAACUGCUGCCAUACUACACAGAACUCGAUGCCGUAUUGUUGAAAGGGAAGGAGCCUUGCAAGUUCCAAGUUAAGAACAAACUGAUGUGUCCGUCGCUGCUGCAUAAAAUAAAUGGGCCUGUCAUGGAGAAGGGUCAGCUGCUGCAUAAAAUAAUGGCGUCUAAUCUGCAUGAGUCGGUCAUGCCUCCCGCGGCGCUAGGGGGCAAGAUGCAGAUCGACACGGGGCCGCCGCCGGGAGACUUUGAACGGCUACCGGACGAGACGAUCCUCUGCGUGAUGAGGUACCUAGACAUGCAAUCGUUGUGCCGCUGCGCGCAGGUCAACAGGCAUUUCAACAGGCUCGCCUCUGACGCCAUCCUCUAUCGUAGUAUUGACCUUAGGCCGUAUUGGCAUUGUGUGCAAUCCCAAGUACUGGUGACUCUUUCUAUGCGAUGCAAAUUCCUUCAGAAACUGGACCUGUCGUGGUGUGGAAGCCAUCUUAUGAUACUUCCAAACUACGUUGUAAACUUCCUCAAAGACAACGGCGCCGAGUUAACACACUUAAGGAUGAAUUGCUGCAAAUUCGUUAACAACGCCGUGCUAAGAGCCAUCGUCGACACCUCUGUCUACCUCCAAGAGUUAUGCCUUCGUUCCGUAGUCGGCUGCUCUGACUGGCAGUGCCUCUCUUCGCUCACAAAACUCAAACGACUAGACCUGUACAGGACAGAUAUAACGACGACCGCGGCUGUGGCUAUAGUCGUGUCCAAUCCUGAACUGCAACACAUCAAUGUCGGCUCAUGCAAGAUGAUAUCAGCCAUGGACGAAGUAGCGAUAGCGCUCGGCAUGAACUGUCCCGACUUGGUCUCCGCGGACUUUUGGAAGUCCUACUCGCUGACCCCCACCGGCAUCAGGGCGCUCGGCAGCUGCAGGAAGCUGCAGGAACUUGACGUCGGAUGGUGUCUCCAAGCCGGCGGUUCCGGCGAAUGGCUAGCCUGGCUGAACGGCGGCGAGCUGCGUAAGCUAUUCCUAGGCGCCUUACGCGGAGUGUGUGACAGAGACCUUAGGAAUCUGCUGCCGAGAGUCCCCAAGCUGACGCAGCUGGACUUGCUGGGAGUUAGGGCUGUUACUCCUGAUAUAUGUGGCGCGAUCUUAGCAGAAUGCCACGAGCUGAAGCUGUUGGAUGUCAGUUUCUGCGAUCAAAUACAAGAAUCUCAGGUACUAGAGUGGCGUGAGCGCUACCCCCACGUUAGCAUAAAGCGGUCCUUCCAGUCCGCCACAUUGACUGCUACUCCAAACCCUCUAUUUCUGGCCCCGAGCCUGGAAUGAUGUUGCACCGUAUGCCCGAUGUUCGUGCUAAUGAAGAAAAUGAUGGAAAUCUAUUCAUUUUUAUGAAAGCGAACAAGCCGCAAAUGAUGACAGCUAUGAUGGCUGCUAUGCAGCAAACAUGAAUAUGAUGACUUGAUGACAAUGAUUUGAUUGAAUGAUUUUUUUAAUACGAAUAAAACCUACAGGAUGAAAUUGUAACCAAGGCUCGGAACCGGUUUUUUCUUCAUACAAAAAAUACCGGUAUUAUUACGUUCUUUGAUUUAUUAAUUAGGGGUCAUCCAUUAAUUACGUCACACGAAUUUCUAGGUUUUUUGAUCCCUCCUUGUCACACUUGAUCACAUUUGGCAAACCCCUCCCCCCUAGAGUGACGUCACAUUUUUUCUACGAAAUCGCCAAAUCGAAUUAAGUAAGUACCUAAGUAUUAUUAAUAUUUUAUCAAAAUAUUUUUGACCAUAUAAAUUUUUAUAACCCAAAACUGCUUAGGAAAGAAAAUUAAACGAAUAAAAAUGAUUAUUGUUUUAAAAACUUGUCAUUUAAAUGAAUAGCGAAUAAAAUAAUUUAAAUAAAUUUUCGGUUACUGAUGAAGUUAAAGUGAUGUCACAAAGUUUGUCUCCCCCCUCCCCCAUGUCACAAUAUGUCACAUUUUCUUGACCCCCUCCCUCCCCCUAAACGUGUGAUGUAAUUAAUGGAUGACCCCUUAUUUUAAAUAGGACAACCUAAUAAUACGAAGUUGUUACCUAAAUACAUGAUUCAGUCCUACGUAAAGAGCAUAAAAUAAUUAAAAAAUAUUGGGCUAAUUCGGGGUUUUGAAAAAAAAACCGGUUCCGAGCCUUGAUUUUAACCACCAGACUCGCUCUGCUUAGUGAUUUUAUAGGUCUGAACAACUUUUAUUAUGGGACCAAUGCCGAAUCGCGAAUAAAAAUUUAGCUGUUUCAUCAGUGGCGUAGCUAGCAUGGGUGGCACCCGGUGCGGAAAUUGUGGGUGUCACCCCAAAAUUCAAUCAAAAUUGUAAAAUAUAUUUAAAAGAGUAAUUAUAAUUUAUGUUAAAUAGCUCAGGAUUUACUCCAUCGCUUACAUUUUACAUGAUUUUACGAAUUUUUAUAGGUGGCACUACUGAUGUUCACGGUCGGGUGUCACCCCCGCCGCCCCCCCCCCCCCUAGCUACGCCACUGUGUUUCAUACAUUCCGGCUGAUGCCGCUGAUUUCUAUAAGACAGCCAAUUUCUUUUUUCGCGAUAUCGGCAUUGGUUUCAUUGUAAAAGUUGUUCAGUAUGACC